AUGUAUAACAAUAACAUUUCUAUAAUAGGUGAAAAAGAUCUUAAUAACAAUAUUGAUUUAGAUCCUUUAGAAAGUAUAAAAGAUCGAGGCACAAGGAUUGUAAUUGAGAAUGGAUUUCUUGCAUGUUUUCAGAUAUUUUUACUUUGUCUUUGUAUAGAUGCUGUAACAAUUAUAUUAAUAAAUCUUUUGAUAACAGCUUACUCAAUAGUCGCAUUAGUUGAGAAUUAUAUUUGGUUGGACAAAAUAUUUGACACUGUUAGCAAAUAUAAUGAUAAUAAUCUCAAUAGUAUUGAAAUUAAUUCCAACUCGAAGAUAUUUACUAUAAUACAAUCAUCAAUAUUAGUAUUCUCUGCAACGUUGUUUAAAAUAUUUGGAUAUAGACUAUAUAAAGAGUUUGAAUGGUAUAAUUACCAAAGAACUGGGGCUAGUUGGAAAAUGCAAAUUUUAAAAUUAGAUUUGUUUUUUGCUUGGGGAUUUUCAAUAUAUUAUACUUAUCUAAGUUAUAAAUAUUGGAAUAGUUUGCAAUAUGACUAUCCAAUUGCAACAACUAUUUUUUUGACUUGCAUAGUUGCAUUAUUUCCAUUAAAUAUUUUGAUAAUAUAUCUUGCGAAUCCAAUAUUUCCAUGGGCUGAUUUUCGUCAGGAUCCAAGCAAAUAUUGGAUUGAAAGAUAA